AUGAGUGGCGGUGACGGGAAUAUCACGGAAGAAAAGCCGAGUGAUGCUGAUAGUGGUGAUAAAAUGAGUGGCGGUGACGGGAAUAUCACGGAAGAAAAGCCGAGUGAUGCUGAUAGUGGUGGUAAUACAAAUGAAAAUUCCGAUGAGAGCGAAAGCAGCGACGAAGAAGUAAAGGUUGAAUUGAUGGUAAAUGCACGUGCCAGACGUUCAACGGCUGGGAACAAGAUGUCCGCUUUGAUUGAAUCAACUACCCAGGAGGACGAGUUCUACAAAAGCGCUUACGGAGGAGGAUUCAAUGAGGAUGAUACGGACGACGUGUUUGAAUCUCCAGUGCAUUCGGAUGUGGACGAAGUUGAUUCAGAUUUUGAUAAACCAGAAGAAGAAGAUGAACCUGUUAGUGGUGAUGAGAACGAGGAAAAGCGAUCGAGACGUAAAGGCGUCAAAGGCUAUAAGGACCCUUCACGAGGUUCUCGUGCCGAUUCUUCUAAAAAUAAGGCAUGGGCAAUGGCAAGAAUGGCAGGUAAAGUAGUUGCUGCCAAUUCUGUGGACGCGAAAACUCAGGCAGCUCGAUUGAAAGAAGCUGAACAGACGGAAAAAGCGAACAUCGAGUCGCUCAGAAAAUAUGAGCAAUUCGAAUUGGAACGAAAGAAGAAGCGCGAACAUGCACAAACAAAGAGACGAGUACCGCCGCCGUACAUUUCCAUCAAGGACACCAUUAAAGAGACGACGGUUGUCGUUCCUGACAUC